AUGUAUUCUCCGCUGCUAAAUAGUCUUAGCGAUCUCCUUGUCUUCGAUACUUCUACUGCGCUGACUACGCUGCAGAAAGGGGAUAGCACUCUAUCGAUUCACGUGGACGCUCGUGCCGAAGAGGAGCCUGUAAUUUGGUUUAUGACUGCCUCUUCGGCGUCUGUAGUAAGAUCACUCGAGUUUGCAGAGCGGAAAGAUUUACUUAGUGAGAAGUUCAGAGACACUUUCGUGUCUGAAGUUAUGUGCCCGGCACGUGACACUUUUGAACGCCUUCUGCACUUGGGCGCUGAUUGUUGUCUCGGGAUGAUGUUUCCUGCUUCCUGUUCAUGGCACCGCAACUACAAUGAAUUGUCUGCUCUGACUGGCUCUUUUUUCCGUGCACUUGAUGGCCGUCUUCCCCGCUUUGAACAGCAGCUGCUUUCCCUCGAGGUCUUCAGGGACGUCAUCGAAGACUUGUGGGUCGUCGCUCCUCCUUUGGACCUUGAACCAGCUUCCGUCCUCCAUGCCAACUUCUUGGUGUGCGCCUUAAAAGACAUGCUUUGCUGCAGAUUUAUGCUGUGUUUCCACGUGGGACUUGCCUAUACUCGUGUGCGCACUGAUAAACUUUUUGAAAGGGGAGGCGACUACAUGAGCUGUCACCGCCUCCUUCACCAUCUUGGCCAACUUGCUUACUUAUCUUUCCGGGCACCUCAGCUCUCCUGCGGCUCCGGCGGGAAAGAUCUGCCUUCAAGCUGCCUCGAGCUCUGCCUCCUUCGAGGCGACUUUGGUGUAUCAGGCAGCUGGGACUGCUUCAAGGGCUACAGCGACGUAAUCUCAGCGUUCGUAUACCAUCCGCUGGGUAUACCCCGCAUUGCUAAAGUUUUACUGCAGUGGGGCCAGCAUGCUGCUUUGUUGGACUUUUUAACUCUCUGGGUAGACAAAAAUGAGGCCACUGUCUUCAUGCUGUCUUUAUGCCACCUGGCUUCUGAACAAUAUCAACAGGCACAGACGCUUUUUGUCUCCGUCACGUCUUGCUUCGACGAACAGGGCCGCCUUCCACCUGAGAGUCCAUUAAACCAUGUGUUUGUUGUCUUUUUCGAAAACGAGGAAGAACUUACUUUGAGCCGCUAUCUAAAAGUUUGCUUCGACUAUUUCAAAAAAGGAAAGGUUAUAAUCAUUACACUUCUUACGCGACUCCUUCCUGAGUCCGGAACUACAAAACAGCAGUUCGCUCAAGCACUCGAGAUCUGCCGAGCAGCCAAGCUGAGUGGCUGUUUCCAUGAAGAGUUUUGGGCUAAAAGUUUUUUUAAGACUGCGCUUGAAACUAACUCUCACGAAGAGGCCUUCGUAGUCCUGACGCUCGCCAGUAAGGAACUCGUGCUCUCUCCCAUGCUGAGCGAGAUGGCCGCCACGUUUAUAUGCGACUUGUGGGGCAAAAGUUGUGGAGCGGAGCUGAAACAUUUUAUUCUCAGUGCACCUCAUUUGUUUGAUACUAUACUGAAGUCAUGGAGAACCUCUCUCCACGUGCUUCUUGAGAAGUUUGAGGAGUUUGUUUAUUCCCAUUAUCUUUUACGCAUGGACUAUAAAACUGCCGCUCUGGAGAUGCUCAGACACGAAGAAUCACUCGAAAAAAACAGUCCAAGCAGCCUCUCGGAUCGCCAGAGACUACAUGAGCGUUUGAAAGCGUUGUCCCUUUGCAUGAACGCUUUGCACCAGUUAGAAGACCAGGAGCAGUGGCUCUACGAUUCUGAUAAGCACGUUUUGGUCUCCCUUGAAAAACUUCAAAGAAAGUACUAUUUGUUGUUAGCUAAGUCUCAUCUUUUACAGCAGGACUACCAUAUUCCCGACUUGGAAGGAGCUGGUUUUCAAGCAACUUUCUCUUUGCUUGAACAUUUUGGACUCUAUGACGAAGCAGUCGCUCUGGCCCGAUGGGUCGGCAGCCCCGACUAUAACGCUCCUGACCUUCCGCUGAGUUCGCUUUUUCAAACGCUCGCUUCCGAUUGCAUAAGGAUCAGCUUUACUUCUAAGAAAAAAUUAGACGAUAGGGACUUGUUUUGGUUAAACCACAACCAGAUUACGGACGAGGAUGGGAAGGAAUUGAUCAUUCACGAUCCUUCUGCUCGUGCGUGGGCUUUGUUAAAAUCUUACCUCCAGCGCUUAGACAGCCCCGAUACCAACUACUUUUACCAUUCUAUUGUACUUAGCCGCCUGUUUACAGAGAACCACCCUGCUGAGACUUGGCUCAUAGAAGCGUUUAAGGCACUUUUUAUAAAAUUAGAAAAAAAAGUUUGCCUUUUCUCAGUCUCGUUCGCUCCCGCAGAAGCACAAUCUUUACGAGGAACUUAUACGUAUACACUUAGACUUUGGCUUUGUAGAAGAUGCCUGUAAGUUCCUCGCGUGUUUUCUCAGCGACUCUGAGUUAACCUGCAGAAAAGGUCUGUGCGCUCCUCGUCUUUCUUGGACUUUAGUAAAAAGAUUGCUUGGUGGUGUAACGCACUUGGCUCAACGGUCAGAGUUUACAGAAAGCUUUGAGCUCACUUGUCUGGACUUAGUGCAAGCCAUUACCCGCUUCUCAAACUCAAAUGCAGCUUUUAGAGAAACGGGUUACGACUGGCUUGACCCGCUCUCAAGUGAAAUAAAGAGAGUAAUUCCUACUAUUUGAACGAGCCUUUUCCUUUAAAAUUAUUAUAGUUGAUUCAAUGCGCACC